ACUAUAUCUCUCUCUUUCUCUCUCUCUCUUCAACAUCUGAGUUGAAACUGAAGAAGUGGAUUUCAUAAUUUAGCUUUGGAAUAUUAAAGUAUGGGAAGUAGUGAUCGUGCAAAGAAGGGAGAAUCGAAGGGUGAAGGGUUAGUUGACUUGGUCUUCUCUUGGUCUCUUGCUGAUGUUCUCAACAAAGAUCUUUACAAGACCCAGGUUAAGCCAAUUCCAGAGACCUUUUCAUCAAACAAGGAGUAUAUGGACUCAUUUAUCUACCCCCUCAUUGAAGAGAUACACUCUGGUUUGUCAGAAAACAUACAGGCAGUGCAUCAUGCUCCUAUGCGAGAAAUAUGGACCGUUAACAUAUCCAAAGACUUUGAACCUCCCAACGCCUUGUACUACAACAUUUCGUUGAAUAAAAAGAGAGACAUUGCAAAUGGUAAAGUAAUGUACAAGCCCAAGUUUGGAGAUCUUAUUGCCUUGACAGAGGUCAGACCGAAAUGGAUUCGUGAUCUUGACAGGCCUAAAAGUCCUUAUGUUAUUGCUGUGGUUCAAGGGAUGGGGGAAUAUGGUUCUGAAAAAAUUGAAAUACGUGCGUCCAAGACCAUCGUGUUGGGUGAAUAUGGAGAUCAACGAGAGGAUAAGAAUAAGCGAAGUCUUUUUGUUGUUUACCUUGGAAACUUUAUAACUGAGAUACGAAUAUGGACGGCAUUGAAGUCAGAGCUGGAAGGGGGGAGCAUGAACAUCAUUAAGAGAGUGUUGCAACCGGAUUCCACUAUUGGGGAAAAUUGUACCAGUUGCUCGUUCGAAGAGAGUAACCGAGAUGUCAAAUCCGAAGUGCGGAAUGCCACCAGUACCUUCAAGUUGAACGACUCCCAACAGGAUGCUGUGUUAAGUUGUGUUGCUACAGGACGAUGUCAUCACCAAAAUACUGUCAAACUAAUAUGGGGCCCUCCCGGAACUGGGAAAACAAAGACAGCGGCUUCGUUACUAUUUGUUCUGCUGAGGAUAAAAUGCAGAACACUGACAUGUGCGCCAACUAAUAUUGCAGUUUUUGGUGUCGCUUCACGACUUAUGAGUUUGGUGAGUCGUACACUUGAGUAUGAUACUUACGGGUUGGGAGAUAUAGUUUUAUUUGGCAUUGGAGAAAGAAUGAAGAUUGACGAUCAUGACAACACUUUGGGUAUAUUUCUUAAUUCCAGAAUGAAGAUUGAUGAUGAUCAUGAAGACAUUUUGGAUGUACUUCUUGAUUACCGGGUUUAUGCUCUUUCCUCUUGUCUUUCUCCAUUGUCUGGGUGGAAACAUAAUGUGCAGUCGAUGCUAUGUUUACUUGAAGACCCUGAAGAGAUGUACCGUUUGUAUUUGGAACAAGAAAAAAAGAAGAAUGAGGACGAUGACAAGGAAGAAGAGGAGGAGGAGGACUCAAGUUUUGAAAAUCAGACAGUAAAUAGCAACGAAGACGAAGAGGAAGAUAUCGGUCAAGACUUAAAUGAUGGGGAUAAGAAGAAGGAGGAGGAAGAAGAGGAGCCUUCAAAGAGAGAAGAGAAAUUGAAGUUUGAUAGUAAAAGAGAGGAGAAAGAAAACUCGACUCAAAGUAACAAAGAAAAAAGAGAAAGGUGGAGAAGGAUGAAGGUCCAUUGACAUUUGAGGAGUUUUACAUCAAGAGAUUUAAACUUGUCUCAAAAAAGCUCAUCUUUUGUUUCAAAAAAUUGUACACACAUAUGCCAACUUCUUUCAUUCCAUUGGAAGCGGUAAAGAAGAUGAUGAAAGUUCUUGAUUUGCUAAAAUCCAUUGGAGCUAUGUCAAUGUGUAACCAUGCUGUUGCAAAUGAGGGUUUGAAAGAAGUCUCGAAUAGAGUUGACGAGUUUGGGAAC